UGACAGUGACAGAUCUGUGUGACAGAUACACAGACCUUCGAUUCUCUGUGCCUGUGUCACUAGUUACAGAAAAGUAAACACUCGUUUAUUUUUUACAAUUAAAAAUAUAAUAACUAUGCAGAAAUAUGAAAAACUUGAGAAAAUCGGGGAAGGCACUUAUGGAACUGUUUUUAAAGCAAAAAACAAGGAAACUCAUGAAAUAGUGGCCUUAAAGCGCGUAAGGUUAGACGACGACGAUGAAGGCGUCCCAUCUUCUGCUUUACGCGAAAUUUGCCUCCUUAAAGAACUUAAGCAUAAGAAUAUUGUGCGACUCUAUGAUGUAUUGCACAGUGAAAAGAAAUUGACAUUAGUGUUUGAACAUUGUGACCAGGACUUGAAGAAAUAUUUCGAUAGCCUUAAUGGCGAGAUAGAUUUGGAUGUUGUAAAGUCUUUUAUGUAUCAACUACUUCGGGGAUUAGCCUUCUGCCACAGUCAUAACGUUCUCCAUCGUGAUUUAAAGCCUCAGAACUUACUAAUAAAUAAAAACGGGGAACUAAAAUUGGCAGAUUUUGGAUUAGCUAGAGCUUUUGGUAUUCCAGUGAAAUGCUAUUCAGCGGAAGUAGUAACACUGUGGUAUCGGCCUCCAGACGUUCUCUUUGGGGCUAAGCUAUACACAACCAGCAUUGACAUGUGGUCUGCGGGCUGUAUAUUUGCUGAACUUGCAAAUUCUGGAAGGCCUUUAUUUCCAGGAUCUGAUGUUGAUGAUCAAUUGAAAAGGAUUUUUAAAUUACUAGGCACACCAAAUGAGGAUACAUGGCCUGGAGUGACUCAACUGCCUGACUAUAAACCACUGCCUGUUUACCAACCCAGUUUGGGUCUCGCCCAAGUUGUGCCUCGUUUGCCUGCUCGGGGUAGAGACCUACUUGCCCGGCUGCUCACUUGCAAUCCAGCGUUACGUAUGCCAGCUGAUGAUGCUAUGGCACAUGCUUACUUCCAUGACCUCAAUCCAUCAGUAAAAAAUGACAGAUGUUAACAAUCAAUACACCCAUACAAGUGUACCUCUGAACUCAUAUUUGGUGAUAAAAAUACCGCAGAGAUACAAGAGUGUUGUGAUGAAGAGACAUUGACAUAGAGUAGAUUUUGGUUUAGACCAAAUUUGUAAGCAACUGUAUGUUUUGACAUGAUUAAAAUAUAGAAAAAUCAUUGUUCUAUUCAAAAAUUUGUUUGUUUACAAAAUGAUGAUCUCAGUACUUUCUAUGUGAAUUUUAAAAUUAUUCAAUAAGAUGAGGUUGUAUAUAAAUUAUU